AUGGUAUGGGGAUUAUCAUGGCUUUGGGGCAGUGGUUCUACAAAAAAGGAUACUAAAACAGAAGAUACCCAACCAGCACAUAACAAAUCCAUAAAUAAUAUUCAUGAAACAAUUUCAACACUAGAAAAAAGAGAACAAUUAUUAGAAAAGAAAUGUGCAGAUGAAGAUUCCAAAGCAAGAGCCUUUUUACAAGAAGGAAACCGAACCGCAGCUGCUCAAUGUGUGAAAAAGAAGAAGCAAUAUCAAACUCAAUUACAACGAAUUCAAGGCCAAAAACAAAAUCUUGAGCAAACAUUGCUUGCAUUGGAGGAAGCAGUCAUUAAUGCUGAGACACUCAAGACUCAAAAAGAAACCUCUGAUGCCAUUAAGAAGGUAUAUAAAGGAAUGACUGCUGAGGAUAUUGAGAAUGUCAUGGAUGAUGUCAGAGAAACUUUGGAAGAUGCAAAUCAAAUAUCUGAAGCACUUGGUCAAAAUAUUGGCCCUGUCAUGGAUGAAGGAGAAUUAUUGGACGAAUUGGAACAAAUGGAGGAUGCCAUUCAUAAAGAGGAAAUGAAAGCUCUUCAAUUACCUCAAGAAAACCUAUCGACGACUGGUGGAAAGAAGGUUGUUAAAAAACCUGUAACAACCACAAAUAAGGAAGAUGAAGAGCUGGAAAAAGAGCUCGCUGCUCUUAUGGAAUAA